AUGAGUUAUAUCCAGGAAAGGUACUACUUUGUAGUGCAUGUAAUUGCAGUUGAUCAAUGAGGUUUCAAACAAAAUGUUAGCAGCUGCAGCUGGGCAGUCUAGAGGAGAAAGAAAAUAAACCCCAUCGCUUUGAAGAAAAUAGCACGUUCAAUAACACAGAAAUCAGUGCAGCAUAUUAGCUCGUGUCACGCGAAUAUUGGUAAUAAGUUUCGUCGUCUUGUCACGGUAGAGCAGUGAUACGAGCACUGCACCAGCUAUUUCGACACCCUCGCAUCCUCCUCUGUCUGAGUCCAGUUUCUCACAUUCUGAAGAUGAAGAAGCAGAACGUGAGAACGCUCUCUCUGAUCCUUUGCAUGUUUUCAUACCUGCUCGUGGGGGCAGCUGUAUUCGAUGCCCUGGAAUCUGAAUCUGAGAGCGCGAGGAAAAGGAUCCUGGAGCAGAAACGCAACGGAAUGAAGAAGAGGUACCGAUUCACCGACGAAGAUUAUCGAGAGAUCGAGAAAGUGGUUUUGCAAACUGAACCCCAUCGAGCUGGGAGGCAAUGGAAAUUCGCCGGCUCGUUUUACUUUGCAAUCACAGUAAUCACGACUAUAGGUUAUGGCCAUGCUGCACCUGGUACGGAUGCUGGGAAAGUAUUCUGCAUGUUCUAUGCGGUCCUGGGCAUCCCUCUAACCCUGGUCAUGUUCCAGAGUCUGGGUGAAAGAAUGAACACUUUUGUUCGGUAUCUGCUGUGGAAAAUCAAAGAGUGCCUCGGCAUGAGGAAGAAAGAGGUGUCCAUGGAGAACAUGGUGCUGGUUGGCUUUCUGUCCUGCAUCAGCACCCUGUGCAUUGGAGCAGCCGUGUUCUCUCACUUCGAAGGGUGGACCUUCUUCCACGCUUAUUACUACUGCUUCAUCACCCUCACCACUAUUGGCUUCGGGGACUUUGUGGCCCUUCAGAAGAAAGAAGACCUCCAGGAAAAGACCCCCUAUGUGGCCUUCAGCUUCAUGUACAUCCUGGUGGGGCUGACUGUCAUCGGGGCCUUCCUCAACUUGGUGGUUCUCCGUUUUCUGACCAUGAACUCGGAAGACGAGAGGAGGGAUGCAGAGGAGCAGGAGUCAAUGAAAAGAGAGCAGGGCAUGAUCACCCUUAGCAUGGGGGAAGACGGCAGGAGCCAAAGCACACUCUUCUUGCCCAUGGAAGAAGGGACGAGCCGCACCAACCUCAUCCCGCUGGCCAUGGACGACCAGGAAGACAUGCAGAGGCAGCGUCCUUCCAAAGCCAAGCCCCGGAUCGGCUCAUUAUGGUCCUGCAUGUGUUACCGUUAUCAGAACUGUGACAGCCCUGCCCCCUCGCACCACGAGCACAGCUCGGUGUACUUCAACUCCAUUUCCUACAAGGUCAAUGGUAUUUCUCUGAGUACACGAGACAACACAGCCUUGUCCUCCCCAGGAAGCAGACUAUCCCCCAACUGCUGCAGCAUGAGGGAGUACCUGAGAAACAGAAGAAAGUCUGUGUAGAUCAGAAGCACUUGAGCACAGCAUUUGUACACAUUUGAUAAUACCUUUUAUAAUGUGAAACUAUAAGGCAUAACCUGAAUACCUUGAAGAGAACAGUGUGAAAAAAACCCCCCAAAAAACCCCUAUAUAUAUAUAUAUU